AUGGCUCUUGUAGCAAGAGAAUGUCCAUUUUCAAUUUUAACACAGCAGGGUGGAGUUAUAGAGCAGUUACGUACGUAUUGGCAAGAACUGAAGAUUAUUCAUGGGAAAACUCGUCACAGCCAGUCGCAGUGUUCGAUUGAGAGGGCCAACCAAGAAAUAGGAAAUAUGUUGGCUUCAUGGAUGAAAGAUAAUAAAACUACAAAGCAGUCCUAUGGUCUUCGUUUUGUCGAAUUCAUGAAAAGCAGAGCUCUACAUUCAGGAAUAAAACAAUCACCAUACAAAGCUAUGUUUGGGAUUGAACCAAGGGUUGGAAUGACAACCUCAACUUUGCCAUCAGAUAUAAAAACCAUCGAAGACGAGGAUGAGCUUCAAAAAAUUUUCGAGGAUAUGAAUGCACAAGAACAAGAAACUGAGCAAGCAUAA